AUGUGUUCAAACAAAUUUGGUUUUGAAUUGGGAGAAAUGCCAUUUUAUGGUGACAGAAGGAAUUGUUUUGGGACACAAGAUUUCAGCCAGGGGAUUGAAGUGGACAGAGCAAAAGUGGAGGUUAUUGAAAAACUUCCACCACCUGCAAAUGUAAAAGGAAUUCAGGGUUUCUUAGGCCAUGCUGGGUUUUACAGGAGAUUUAUUAAAGACUUUUCAAAGAUUUCUAAGCCAUUGAGUAAUCUGCUUUUCAAGGACACACCAUUUGUGAUGAGUAAGGAAUGCAUACAAGCUUUUAAUGUUCUGAAGAAAAGCUUGAUUUCUGCCCUAGUAGUUGUAGCCCCACAUUAG